AUGCAGAAGAGAGAGCAAGGGAAGCAAGUCGGAGCGUCGGGUGGUUCCGCCACCCGGCGACGAAGAGAGGCCGUCCAUUCGGCAGUGGAAGCAGCAACGCGGCCGCUGCUUCUGCCGCAACCGCAGCCGAUUCGGUUGCUCCACCCACACUCCUUGGCCCUUCUCUCCAAGUCCACUCCUCCUUCGCCGAGCGGAUUAAAAAGUGAGCUGACAUGGGCAUUAAAUACUCUUACACUGCUCUCAUUUAAAGAAAAAGAUGAGGUGCGCAAAGAUGCAACUCCUCUUGCAAAAAUACCCGGAUUACUAGAUGCUCUUCUUCUAGUGAUUGAUGAUUGGCGUGAUAUAGCCCUACCGAAGGAGCUUGUAAAGAAGCAAAGGGUGAGACUGUUGGGUGCUAAUUCUGUUGUUACUGGAUUUGGGAAUGAAUAUGAAGUACUGAACUCAAAUGAUGUUGUUCCCCGUCCUAGCCUGGGAUCUGAUUCUUCUGUUAUAGAGACACCGGUGCAGAAGAGUACAACAAAGCAUCAUCCUGCAGCGUGGUGGUUUGAUGAAGAUGGCCUAUUUAAUCUGGAUGACGAAGGGCGGGCAGAAAAGCAGCAGUGUGCUGUUGCAGCUUCAAAUAUUAUCCGUAAUUUCUCUUUCAUGCCAGAAAAUGAGGUCAUAAUGGCUCAACAUCGGCACUGCUUGGAAACAGUGUUUCAGUGUAUCGAAGAUUACGUUACAGAGGAUGAGGAACUUGUUACAAAUGCUGUUGAGACGGUUGUGAAUUUGGCCCCAUUGCUUGAUCUUCGAAUCUUUAGCUCAUCCAAACCUUCGUACAUCAAUAUAACAGAGAAGCGUGCUGUCCAAGCCAUCAUGGGGAUACUGGGAUCUGCUGUCAAAGCCUGGCAUUGUGCAGCUGCCGAAUUACUGGGGCGCUUGAUAAUAAAUCCUGAUAAUGAACCUUUUAUUCUUCCUUUUGCUCCGCAGAUGUACAAGCGUUUAGUUGAUCUUUUGAGUCUUACAGCUACUGAUGCACAAGCAGCUGCUGUUGGUGCACUUUAUAACCUUGCAGAAAUUAAUAUGGACUGUCGAUUGAAGCUUGCCAAUGAGCGAUGGGCAGUUGAUCGACUGUUGAAAGUGAUUAAGGCACCACAUCCGGUGCCAGAAAUUUGCAGAAAGGCGGCAAUGAUAUUGGAGAACCUUGUCUCUGAGCCACAGAACAGGUCCCAGCUGCUAGCUUAUGAGAAUGCAUUUGCAGAGAUACUUUUCUCAGAUGGAAGAUAUUCUGAUACAUUUGCCAGGAUACUAUACGAACUGACAUCUCGACCCAGCAAUAAAGUGGCGACAGCUCGCGGUAUUUGGGGCAUGUAA